AUGCUUUCUUUCACGGAUAUUGUAAUUGGCUCGGCCUUCCUGGCAUUGGCCCACGGCCACGCUGCCAUUCUCGCUGCUCAGGGAGACGCUGGCUCACCUUCCAGUGUGGGGUUCUUGGUCGACCCAAACAUUGCCCGCAACUGCACGACGAUCAACCCCUGCCAGCAGGACGCUACCAUCAUCCGUGAUGCCGAGAUCAACUCCAACAUUGUCAACGAGUGCGGACGCACCGAGAUUGCUGGCAACAUCGACAUUGGCGAGAGCACGGAGAACGCCCUGGCAGCGAACCAGGUCACGCAGGUCAAGGCGGGCGGCGAGGUCACAGUCGUCAUUCACCAGGUCAAUGCCGAUGGCGCCGGUCCCUUCUCCUGCGAUCUGGACCAGACGAGCAACUCCCUCGCCGGCUCCGGCCAGAUUCCGCUCGAGGUCACCAACAACGUUCCCGGCACCAACGGUUUCUCCCAGGCAAAGUUCCAGCAGUUCAAUGUCACUGUCAAGAUGCCUGCUGACAUGAAGUGCAUUGGAGCCUCCACCGGAAACGUCUGCACCGUCCGCUGCCGUAACAACGCCGUCGCCGGUCCCUUUGGCGGCUGCUUCGCCGUCCAGCAGACCGACGUCACUCCCACCCAGAACACCCCCCAGAACAUCCAGACCGGCGCCAAGUUGAAGGGCGUUCUGUCGCAGGUCCAGCAGGACAUUGUCGACUUCCCCGCCGCCGCCGCCGCUAACCAGAAGGAUGGCACGGCCGAGCAGCUGGCCGCCACCGACGCCGCCAAUAAGGUCCUCGGUGCGCCCCCGAUCACCGUCAAGCAGUUCCCUGUCGAGAAUACCGGCCCUAGCCAGAACGGCGGAGGCAACACCGCCGCCGCGCCCGCUGCUGCUCCCGCUGCUGCUCCCGCGGCCGUCGCGGACCCCAACGCUGGCGCCGCGGACGCGACCGCUGGCAACACUGGCAACACGGCCAACACUGGAAAGGCCAACGGCGCUGGCGGCAACGGACGUGCGCGUGGCAAGGGCCGGGGUGGCAAGCGCGGCAGAGCGGCCGCUGCGAAGCGGGAGGAGAACGGAUCCCUUCGCUGGGCCAAGCGCUACGCCAACGCCAUGCCCGGUGCUGACUUCCAGCCUGAGGUCAUGCCAUGA